GAUAUCCAUAAGGCUGGGGCGGCAGGCACUGUCUGCUCAAAGCCACCUGCCUGAAGCUGCCGUCUCCUCAUUCCACCACCCCAGGACCCCUGCUGCCACCUCUGCACCCCCAGGCUCAGCAGCAUCAUGUCACUUGCACACACAGCUGCAGAGUACAUGCUCGCGGAUGCCCUGCUGCCUGACCGCAGGGGCCCCCGCCUCAAAGGACUGCGCCUGGAACUGCCCCUGGACCGGAUAGUCAAGUUCAUAGCUGUGGGCUCCCCCUUGUUGCUGAUGUCCCUGGCAUUCGCCCAGGAGUUCUCCUCUGGGUCUCCGAUCAGCUGCUUCUCUCCCAGUAACUUCAGCAUCCGGCAGGCAGCCUACGUGGACAGCUCCUGCUGGGACUCACUGGUUCACCAUGAGCAGGACAGGCCUGGCCAGGACAAGAUGAAAUCUCUCUGGCCCCACAAGGCCCUCCCCUACUCCCUGCUGGCCCUGGCCUUGCUCAUGUACCUGCCAGUGCUGCUGUGGCAGUAUGCAGCUGUGCCAGCCCUCAGCUCUGAUCUGCUGUUCAUCAUCAGCGAACUGGACAAAUCCUAUAAUCGCUCCAUCCGCCUGGUGCAGCACAUGCUGAAGAUCCGGCAGAAGAGCUCCGACCCCUAUGUGUUCUGGGAUGAGCUGGAGAAGGCUCGGAAAGAACGAUACUUUGAAUUCCCUUUGCUAGAGCAGUACCUGGCAUGUAAGCAGCGUUCACAUUCACUAGUGGCUACCUACCUCCUGAGGAACUCCCUCUUGCUCAUCUUCACCUCCGCCACUUACCUAUACCUUGGUCAUUUCCAUCUGGAUGUCUUCUUCCAGGAAGAAUUCAGCUGCUCCAUCAAGACAGGGCUGCUAAGUGAUGAGACCCAUGUUCCCAGUCUGAUCACAUGCAGGCUGACAUCGCUGUCCAUUUUCCAGAUUGUCAGCCUCUCCAGUAUAGCAAUAUACACCAUAUUGGUUCCAGUGAUAAUAUACAACCUCACACGGCUAUGUCGGUGGGACAAACGACUCUUAUCUGUCUAUGAGAUGCUCCCAGCUUUUGAUCUCCUCAGCAGAAAGAUGCUAGGAUGUCCCAUCAAUGACCUCAAUGUGAUCCUUCUUUUCCUCCGAGCUAACAUCUCUGAGCUCAUCUCUUUUAGCUGGCUGAGUGUCUUAUGUGUGUUAAAGGAUACAACCACCCAGAAGCACAAUAUUGACACAGUAGUUGAUUUUAUGACUUUAUUGGCUGGCUUAGAACCCUCCAAACCCAAACACCUCACCAACUCGGCAUGUGAUGAACACCCAUAGUUAAGAAACCAUGGAGCAAGAAAUCUUGUGGAAAGUCUCUCUCCUUCCUCGUAAGACAUGCACACUAAUACACAUACACACCAAAAAAAUAUGCAAGGAUUUUUUUGGUGUGUAUGUGUAUUAGUGUGCAUGCAAGCUUGGAUUUAACUGAAUCAUAUAUCUUUUAUCAUGUUAUCCUAAAAGUGAGAAGACAUAACCAAGACAUGGAAAUAAAUGUGAAAGCUGGAGCUGAAGAGUCAAAGAGCUAAAAAAUUAAGUCUAGAACAUUCUAUGAGGAUAAUAUAAAUAAAAAGAAAUAAAGUCUAGACAUGCUGCAAGGAAAGAAGAUUCUAAAGGCCAUUUAUGGAGACAAUUCAAUAUCCUUUCUUGAACGCACAUUCAGCUUACCCCACAGAGCAAGUGAGGCAAUCUGGCAAGAGAUUAAUAAAGAUGUAAACUCCUGGAAA